AACUUUGCCACCAAAAACCCUAAUCUCAAAAUUCACACAGAAAAGAAAAAAAAAAAAAAUCCCCAAAUUAAAGCAAUGGGUCUCCUCUCCUGGUUCAAAGGCAGCUCCAAGCCUGAAUCCAAAUCGUCUCCGAGCUCCAAACCGGAAUUCUCAGCCUCCGAGGUCCCCGGCAUGAAUGGCGCCGUGCAAGUACCCCGACCCGCCAAGAACGUCACCGUGUUCGAGUUUGGCUCCAUCGCUGCUUCGACCGAUAAGGUUACUCUGGCCGGGUACUGCCCGGUGUCUGACGAGCUCGAGCCUUGCCGCUGGGAAAUCCUCCCUGCUAGUGAUGCCGAUGCGCCGCAGUUCCGCGUGGUGUUUUGAUGAGAGAUUGAGGAACUAUUGAUUACUGUGUGAGGAUAAGUAGUGAAACCAAAUUGAAAAAAAAAAAAAAAAAGAAAAGGAGUUCAAGAAACCCCCUUUUAGUUGGAUUUUGAGAUUUACUCUAUUUGUUGAAAAAUGGGUUUUGCUUAAUCUUUAAGAGAAUGAAUAUAAUUUCGCUGGCAAUUGUCUUCAUCCCUGUUGGAUGUCAGGUUGUUGUAUUGUUAAAUUGGUCGCUAUAUUUUGUUUUUGGGAGUUUUCUGUGCAUAUAAGUGGGUGUUUGCUAUGAA